AUGAAUCAAAUGAUGAAAGAUCCUGCAGCCGGAGUGCCGGCGCAGCUGUUGCCGCAUCUGCACCUUGUCUCCAAGUAUCGCUAUCCUAUCACCAGCAAUCCUGCUGUCGAUACAAUUGUCGGCUACCUUUUGGAGGCGCCGAAGAUCGUGCGCGACCUCCAGCCGAUGCAAUGGCAGUUCAUCGACACUCCUCCCGACGGCUCAUUGAUCCUCGAGUGGCAACCGCUCGAGUAUCUAGGCACAAGCUAUGCGAGUGAUGGCUUCAUCUGGGCAGAUGUGGAACACGUUUACAAAUCCGAAGUCAGGGGUUAUACUCUCGAAAUGCUUCUACAACGAGCAGGCUACCGAGCAUCCGGUGAGGCCAUGGCGACUCACUGCAGGAGACGAUACCGGCUUCUUCCAGGAAACCCCACUCAUGGACUGCCAAAUCCUGAUCCCAGUCUAUGGCUCACCCACUACUCAAAGGCCUCAGCGCGCGAUCAUGUUCCUGCCGCGAGCAUCCCAAUUCUGCCGCAUGUCCAUGCGCUGAUCCAACAGCGCAGAUUGAUACAGAGCCAGGGCCAAUUGCCGCGAAAGGAAUUCAUGCUGCACGACCGAUCAAAUUGGCCCGUCAUUCACCUCCCUCCAGGAGUUGCCCGCGCGGCUGCCCAGGGCCAGAUUCCUCCGGGCGCCGGCCACAGAAGAGGGGCGAGCAUUGCGCAGGAAGCGACAUUGGAAGAGGAAGAAGACGUGUCUCGUGGAGAUCUGCUUGACUUCAUGACGCUUCGGGAUAUCAGCCGGGUCCGAUACGAACAACACCACGAAUGGAUGGAGGAGAUUAUCGAGUCACCAUAUCCGACAUUGUCCAUCAUCCCCAGUGAUCUUGGCUUCGGCCGGAAAGGACAGCUUGAAGAGUUGACCAAGGAUUUCUUUGACGCCCCAGUAGCCGCGACAAGGGAGCCAAACACCGGACCACCACCGCGAGUGGGUAAAAUGCCCUCUGGUCAGGCCGAAGACUUCAUCAAACGAGCUUCAGACAAGCUGGUCGCAAUGCAAACGGAACUGGAAGAGAUGAGGAAGAAGCACGCUCGACGGAUGGAGAAGUUACGCCGCUCCACAACAUUGACAACAGCGGAGAAAAAGCUGCGCACGGUGUCCAACGGGCCAGAAAGACAGAGUAUUUCCAAGGACGCGGCAAACGGGCUCACCGACUCUGCACCCCGUGAUGCAAUCGACGAGAUCAUGGGCACUGUAGAAGCAGAUAUGGGUCAAAAGCUGACAAAGACUACCACCGUGACACUGAUAUCCAAGGGUGGUUUGGAGGAGCGAAAGCAGAUCAGUCCAGCUCCAGUUGCAACCUCGAUUCCAACUCUUCCUCGAUCCCAGAGUGCGAUCAACCCUGCCGUCUCUGUGGAUGCCUCGAUCCAACAACACGUCCCGCCACAGCCAUCACCCAGCAUUGCUCAAGAGCAGAAACCUCAACAGGAGGAGAUACCUACUCCGGUGGGUGGACCGCAGACGCCGAGUCAGCCAGCACCUGCAGCUGCUGAAGGAGAAAGUCGGCCAUCUGCAGCAGAGCCCAGCCAACCCCCUGCCGCGGAGCAGCCGCCUCAACCCGAUGCCAAUCCUGCCGGUGAUGACCUUCCGCAACUGGACGACAUAGGGACAGACGUCAACAUGGAAGGUAUGGUUGAUCAUGUUGACAGUACCGACCGGGGUGGAGAUGAAUGGGUGAUGAUCGGCGAAGAUGGAGGCCAGAACGACGAUAUCCCGGAGAUACAGACCGAGGGUGCCCAAGACCUUGUGCAACCCAGCGCCGAAGAGGCUGCCGCACACGCCAGCGGUCACGAUACGGACCUCCAACAGCUACCACAAGCUCAGCUCACCCAAGAUGCACAAUUGAACACGCCUGAUUUUGACAUGGGGGGCGAUUUCGACAAUGUUGAGGUGGACACCGCUGGGGACGCGCUCGCCAGCUACGGCAACGACGAAGAUCUCAACCUGGAAAACAUGGAGGGCUCGGCUUUCGGAGACGCAUUCCAUACCGAGGACGAGGAAAUCUCGUAG